AUGAUUCCCACAAAAUCGACGUGCAAGCGAAGUCUUGGAAAACGUCGCGAGCUGUGUCCACGUUCUUCUUCUGCCCACUCGUCCAGCUCGUCGAUCCUAGCCAAGCACCCUUUCGCUUUCCCACGUCGGAUCUUCUCGUCCGUCCCAGAGCGGCAGAAACUAGAUCAACCGAUCACGUUGUUCAUCUCCGAGCAUUCGUGCUCCUCCCACUUCGUUUGA